AUGCACAAAUUGUGCACACAAACGGUCAGGUUCAAUCAUUGUUACGCAACAACAGCGGCAACUUCUGCUACUGCUACUGCUGCUACUACCACUUCUUCUACUACGUUACUCAGCGCUGCAAAUAUUACUGCUACUGGUUAUAACAGUGUCAACAACAACAACAACAACAACAACAACAACAACUGCAGCAACAACUACUACAACAUUAUGACGGAAGUAGCGAACGUGCAACAGCAAGCUCUAGUUAAUUUCUAUGCAGAAAGACCCGGGCAAAUAGCAACAAUUACAAACAACAACAUCAACAACAACAACAACUUGAUUGUUGAUGGUAAUAACGAUUCAUUAAAAUCUGUUCUCCGUGUUGUCAUUGAAAACAUGUUCUACCAAGUUUCGUUGGACAAUUUGAAACAGAUUUUCUCCAAGUAUGGCACGGUCACUAAGAUUAUAACCUUCAGUAAAAACAGCGUGUAUGGAGAUGUUCUGAGGGUGAAGAUAAUGUUCAACAAGAAGGACAAUGCUCUCGUGCAGUUCGUUGACGGUGCUCAAGCCCAGAUUGCUCUGACCCAUCUGGACAAGGUCACGUUGUGGGGCAAGGUCAUCAAAGUAGCCCUCUCCAAGCAUUCGGUCGUCCAGAUGCCCAAAGAAGGCCAGCCGGCCCACAACUACAGAACAUCAGCUACUAGAGUUAUUCAGCCAGCACGCUGA